GGAGGCGGGCUUUGGCUUCUUGCCCUAGGGAGCGAGUCCGUUGCGAGUGGGAGCUAUACCCCCCCGAGCCCGAGUGUCUGGGUUCCCGGCGAGGCCUAGCUGCCCAUCCCGCCUCCCAUGAGCUCGUCGUACAGCGAGCAGCGCCGUCGUUAGGCCGACCCGGUAACUCUGCUUCCCCGGGAAGGGCCUCACGUCUCUCGGGGAGGGGCCAGCGUGCCGAGGCGCCUUUAGUCAGCGUCGCGCUGCGACCCUGGAAGCAGGCGCCGCCGCCAACGCGAGGAGGAGCCCCGGCCGCGGGCCGCAGCAGCCACAGCGCCAGCGGGCGGGAUCGAGGCCGGCAACAUGGCGAGCGCCUCGUACCACAUUUCCAAUUUGCUGGAAAAAAUGACAUCCAGCGACAAGGACUUUAGGUUUAUGGCUACAAAUGAUUUGAUGACAGAACUGCAGAAAGAUUCUAUCAAGUUGGAUGAUGAUAGUGAAAGGAAGGUGGUGAAAAUGAUUUUGAAGUUGCUAGAAGAUAAAAAUGGUGAGGUACAAAACUUAGCUGUAAAAUGUCUUGGUCCUUUAGUGAGUAAAGUGAAAGAAUACCAAGUAGAGACAAUUGUAGAUACCCUCUGCACAAACAUGCUUUCUGAUAAAGAGCAGCUUCGAGAUAUUUCAAGUAUUGGCCUUAAAACAGUAAUUGGAGAACUUCCUCCAGCUUCCAGUGGCUCUGCAUUAGCUGCUAAUGUAUGUAAAAAGAUUACUGGGCGCCUUACUAGUGCAAUAGCAAAGCAGGAGGAUGUCUCUGUUCAGCUCGAAGCCUUGGAUAUCAUGGCUGAUAUGUUGAGCAGGCAAGGAGGACUUCUUGUUAAUUUUCAUCCUUCAAUUCUGACCUGUCUACUCCCCCAGUUGACCAGUCCUAGACUUGCAGUGAGGAAAAGAACCAUCAUUGCUCUUGGCCAUCUGGUUAUGAGCUGUGGAAAUAUAGUUUUUGUAGACCUUAUUGAACAUCUGUUGUCAGAAUUGUCAAAAAAUGACUCCAUGUCAACAACAAGAACCUAUAUACAGUGUAUCGCUGCUAUUAGUAGGCAAGCUGGUCACAGAAUAGGUGAAUACCUUGAGAAGAUAAUUCCUUUGGUGGUAAAAUUUUGUAAUGUAGAUGAUGAUGAAUUAAGAGAAUACUGCAUUCAAGCCUUUGAAUCAUUUGUGAGGAGAUGUCCUAAGGAAGUUUAUCCUCAUGUUUCUACCAUUAUAAACAUUUGCCUAAAAUAUCUUACCUAUGAUCCAAAUUACAAUUAUGAUGAUGAAGAUGAAGAUGAAAAUGCUAUGGAUGCUGAUGGUGGAGAUGAUGAUGAUCAAGGGAGUGAUGAUGAAUACAGUGAUGAUGAUGACAUGAGUUGGAAAGUGAGACGCGCAGCUGCUAAGUGCCUGGAUGCGGUAGUUAGCACAAGGCAUGAAAUGCUUCCAGAAUUCUACAAGACCGUCUCUCCUGCACUGAUAUCCAGAUUUAAAGAGCGUGAAGAGAAUGUAAAGGCAGAUGUUUUUCAUGCAUACCUUUCUCUUUUGAAGCAAACUCGUCCUGUGCAGAGUUGGCUGUGUGACCCUGAUGCAAUGGAACAGGGAGAAACACCUUUAACAAUGCUUCAGAGUCAGGUUCCCAACAUUGUUAAAGCUCUGCAUAAACAGAUGAAAGAAAAGAGUGUGAAGACCCGACAGUGUUGUUUUAACAUGUUAACUGAACUGGUAAAUGUAUUACCUGGAGCGUUAACACAACACAUUCCUGUACUUGUACCAGGAAUUAUUUUCUCGCUGAAUGAUAAAUCCAGCUCAUCGAAUUUGAAGAUUGAUGCAUUAUCGUGUCUGUAUGUAAUCCUCUGUAACCACUCUCCUCAAGUUUUCCAUCCUCACGUUCAGGCUUUGGUGCCUCCAGUGGUGGCCUGCGUUGGAGACCCAUUUUACAAGAUUACAUCAGAAGCACUUCUUGUUACUCAGCAGCUUGUCAAAGUAAUCCGUCCUUUAGAUCAGCCUUCCUCAUUUGAUGCCGCUCCUUACAUCAAAGAUCUAUUUACUUGUACAAUUAAGAGGUUAAAAGCAGCUGAUAUUGAUCAGGAAGUCAAAGAAAGGGCUAUUUCGUGUAUGGGACAAAUUAUUUGCAACCUUGGAGACAAUUUGGGUCCUGACCUAUCAAAUACACUUCAGAUUUUCCUGGAGAGACUAAAGAAUGAAAUUACCCGGUUAACUACAGUGAAGGCAUUGACACUGAUUGCUGGGUCACCUUUGAAGAUAGAUUUGAGGCCUGUCCUGGGAGAAGGAGUUCCUAUCCUUGCUUCAUUUCUUAGGAAAAAUCAGAGAGCUUUGAAACUGGGUACCCUUUCUGCCCUAGAUAUUCUAAUUAAAAACUAUAGUGACAGCUUGACAGCUGCCAUGAUUGAUGCAGUUCUAGAUGAGCUUCCUCCUCUUAUUAGCGAAAGUGAUAUGCAUGUUUCACAGAUGGCUAUCAGUUUUCUUACUACACUGGCAAAAGUAUAUCCCUCCUCCCUUUCAAAGAUAAGUGGAUCCAUUCUCAAUGAACUGAUUGGACUUGUGCGAUCACCCUUAUUGCAGGGAGGAGCUCUUAGUGCCAUGCUAGACUUUUUCCAAGCUCUGGUUGUCACUGGAACAAAUAAUCUAGGAUACAUGGAUUUGUUGCGCAUGCUGACUGGUCCAGUUUACUCUCAGAACACGGCCCUUACUCAUAAGCAGUCUUACUAUUCCAUUGCCAAAUGUGUAGCUGCCCUAACUCGAGCGUGCCCUAAAGAGGGACCGGCUGUAGUAGGUCAGUUUAUUCAAGAUGUCAAGAACUCAAGGUCUACAGAUUCCAUUCGUCUCUUAGCUCUCCUUUCUCUCGGAGAAGUUGGACAUCAUAUUGACUUGAGUGGGCAAUUGGAGUUAAAAUCUGUAAUAUUAGAAGCUUUCUCAUCUCCUAGUGAAGAAGUGAAAUCAGCUGCAUCCUAUGCACUAGGCAGCAUUAGUGUGGGCAACCUUCCUGAGUAUCUGCCAUUUGUUCUACAAGAAAUAACCAGUCAACCCAAAAGGCAGUAUCUUCUGCUUCAUUCUUUGAAGGAAAUUAUUAGCUCUGCGUCAGUGGUGGGCCUUAAACCAUACGUUGAAAACAUCUGGGCUUUGCUGCUAAAGCACUGUGAGUGUGCAGAGGAAGGCACCAGAAACGUUGUUGCUGAAUGUCUAGGAAAACUCACUCUUAUAGAUCCAGAAACUCUCCUUCCACGCCUUAAGGGGUAUUUAAUAUCAGGCUCAUCAUAUGCGAGAAGCUCAGUGGUUACAGCUGUGAAGUUUACUAUUUCUGAUCAUCCUCAACCUAUUGAUCCAUUGUUAAAGAACUGCAUAGGUGAUUUCCUAAAAACCUUGGAAGACCCAGAUUUGAAUGUAAGAAGAGUAGCCUUGGUCACAUUCAAUUCUGCAGCCCACAACAAACCAUCACUAAUAAGGGAUCUCUUGGAUUCUGUUCUUCCACAUCUUUACAAUGAAACAAAAGUUAGGAAGGAACUUAUAAGAGAGGUAGAAAUGGGUCCAUUUAAACACACAGUUGACGACGGUCUAGAUAUUAGAAAGGCAGCUUUUGAGUGUAUGUAUACACUUCUAGACAGUUGUCUUGAUAGACUAGAUAUCUUCGAAUUUCUAAAUCAUGUUGAAGAUGGUUUGAAGGACCAUUAUGAUAUUAAGAUGCUAACAUUUUUAAUGUUAGUGCGACUUUCUACCCUUUGUCCAAGUGCAGUACUCCAAAGGUUGGACCGACUUGUUGAACCACUACGUGCUACAUGUACAACUAAGGUCAAGGCAAACUCAGUAAAGCAAGAGUUUGAAAAGCAAGAUGAGUUAAAGCGAUCUGCCAUGAGGGCAGUAGCAGCGCUGCUGACCAUUCCAGAAGCAGAGAAGAGUCCACUCAUGAGUGAAUUCCAGUCACAGAUCAGUUCUAACCCUGAACUGGCAGCCAUCUUUGAAAGUAUCCAAAAAGAUUCAUCAUCCACGAAUCUGGAAUCGAUGGACACUAGUUAGAUGCUUGUUCAACAUGGGGACCAUUCCAUUUGACCUACAAUGCACUGAAUUGACAACUUAAUCAUAAGACAUGGGAAGAGAAAGUGUCUAAAAGCUUCAGAAUGUUCCACUUUUUUUUCCUUCAUGGAGUUUGUUCAGCUUUCUUCCAAUGUUGUUUUGUAGCAUUUACUUCAGAAAUCUGUAUUUCCAUAAUCCAAAGUUGUAAAACCACUAAUGUUCUAGUGGUUAGUGCAACAUUUAAAAUGGAAACUAAGUUAGGAUUUAUGGAAUGUGGAGCUAGGGUCCAGUAUCUGUUUGCCCUAUAAUGUGUAGGAUUAAAAUGUUAAAAUUUUGUGACCAUGAAUUUCUUUGUUUUAUAAAUUUUCUCAUUUCAAAAUCAAAAUUUCUGCAAGACAAAACCAUGUUUUCUUGUAUAACUCUUUCGGCAACAUAAAUUGAUUUUUAACUGGCAGAGAACAUCCAUAUAAGACUUGUUACAUUUUAGGGGGAUUGGCAGUUUAACAAAGAUAGUAUGAACAGUUGUAUUCCUAUUGCACACACUAAUUUUGCAUGAACAGGUUUAUAAAUACGUAUUGUCUAUAAAACAGCAUGUGUAGAUUAUUAAUAAUACAUCUUAAAAUAAGUAUUAAUGCAAUUUUCAGGCAUUUAUUUUUUGCACAGGAAGCACAUUAUCGAUAUGGUGAGAGGAGGCACAUUAUCGAUAUGGUGAGAGGAGUAAAUUUUUGAAGCUGGUUUUCUUACUGCCAAUGCUUAUUUGCCAGUGUUUUCAAGUCACAGUAGCAAUUCAAGUCACAGUAACAAUUUGCGACUUUUUUCUAUUAUAAAUUGUCUCAACACAUUUAAAUACUUAGUUUUUCUCAGCUACAUGUUUGUGUGCGUGUAUCUCUACCUGGAAGUUCUCAGAGCCAGACUUUAUUCAUUCCUGUUGGAUGUCUGCAUUUAUUAUUGAAGGAUAAAAAUUUUAUCUAUGCUUUGAAUUUUGUUAUUAGGAAGUUUCUGACACCAGCUAUCACAGGUUUGUUAGCUAAUAUUUUCUUUAGUUGAAAUAGAUUUUCUCCAUGUGUGUAGAGUUAAUUUACGUAUUGUAUUUGGUAAGUGUUAACUAGGUUCCUGAUCAAGGGAUCUGUGCUGGGGGAGAAAAGCUUUUGCAGUUACCUUCUGUUGUGGUUGAAAUUUUAUCUGACAUUCAUUCAGUGAGCUCAUUUCACACUGUAGACUCUUCCCUCAAAUUCGUGGUGCUCCUGUAACCAGAAGAACUAUUCUGAAAUAAAAGACAUCUCCUAUGCUGUGCAAAAUAGUUUACAUGUAUUGAAGGAGGCAGUUAACUUGAGUGACCAUUUUCAAGUAAUCAGAUAUUUGAAAACUGCAUCCUUAUAUUUCAAACUGUGAAUUAGAAGUACUUUUCCUGCUGUAGUACUUACGUACUAUAACAAUCAAAUAUGCAGUGGUUUUAGUUGAUAACAUAUUGUGGUUAGUAUAUUAACAGCUUGAUUUUGAAUGUUCAGAUGACAAUUCAGAACACAGUGCUACUAGUGAGGACUUGACAUGGAACAUUAGAUGAGGUUUCUGCCGUAUUAGAAUAUGGCAGAUAAUUUUACACCGUAAUUUGCAUAAAGGUAUAAUAGGAAUUUAUUUUGAGGUGUUAGUUUAUUGUGUACUGUGUAUUACCAUGGUAUAAGUUGUGGAUAUAGUUAAGUUUUGGUUACAUGGUUUCACAAUAAAUCUCAAUACUGUAGGCUCUUGGACUGAAUAGGAGACUUUUGACAGGCAUAUGUUUUGUGAAUGACUUGGUUAAUUACCCACGGUGAAACCCAGAUGUUUUGAUUAGAUUUUUCCUUAGUUUGUUUUUAACUUCAGGAUGCGUACUCUUUAAGUCUUUCAAAUUGGCUCAUUUUCCUGAAUAGCUAAAUUCUUGUAGUACUGAAGAAAAAUACUACUUCUAACGGUUUUAGUGUUAAUUUGCCUAUACAUACACAACAAAAUUGAUGUCAGAAGGAUGAUGGGGGUUGGGGAGGCGUUAAAUGCUGAGUCAUACUAGUUCAGUUACUACUUCUAGUAAUACUGUGGUUCAGAUAUUGGAGUGGAGGUAGCAAGGUGAAGAGUCCAGGCACACUACCUGCCACUCAUAAUGCUGACUAGAGAAGGUAGGAGCUUCUCCGCGUAGAGGUUCCUACAAGUCCGUAGGAAGAGCAAGCUGUUUGCCAGUUUUAACACAUUUAAAUUAGUUUAGUGUUAUUUGGAUUUUUCUUUACUUUUUGAUCUUUUUGAGACAGGUUCUCACUGUAGCCCCAGCUGGCCUGGAACUCACUAUGUAGACUAGGCUGGCCUUGAACUCAAAGAGAUCUGCCUGCCUCUGCUUCCUGAGUGCUGGGAUUAAAGGCAAUCUGGAUUUUAAAAAAGAAAACCCAGUAUGGAUUGAGUUUUGAGUUUAUGUUGUCAUGCAUGUAAAACUUAGGAAGAAAGGAAAUUUGGUUUAGUAGAGCCUUAACCUAAGAAGUUACUUAUAAUGUCAGUAAAAUUGAAUGAUACUAUUUAAUCAUAUAUUUUAUUAAUGAUAUCUGAAACUUGCUUAACUAUUAGAAGUUAGAAUUCUUAAAAGGUUGGAAUAUGGUGACUUGUUUAAAAAUUUUGUAUAUUUACAUAAUUUUUAUUUAGUUGUAAUUUAACAGCCAAAUUAGUCCUUUUUAUCUAUACAUUUCUUGGAUAAACAGAUAACACGGGUAUAUAUAAUUAACCACCUCUAGAGAAUGUUUUGAUGUUUUUCUAUCUAGCUCAGCUUCAGACAUGAAGUCAUGAUUGAAGUUCAAAAUGCUGAAGUAUGUAAAACCUUCAGCUUUGGGAGAAUUCAUUUAACUUGUUUGUAAGUCCUUAGAAUGUCAUGCAUUCCGUUACAUGACAGUGUAUGGUGAUGUUUUGUAAUUGAAGUAAUAUUUUUUUGCCCAUAUUAACUUUCACUGCAAAUUUUCAGGAAAGGGAGGAUCAUGAGUUCAAGGCCAGCUUGGGCUACAUAGUGAGAUUCUCAAAAAAACGGGAUGAAAAAUAUAAUUUGUCAAAUUAAUUUCUGAUAUUUGGAUAUGAAAGUUAAAAUUUUCAAAAAGUAAAAUCUGAAUUCCAACUCAUGUUUUAAAUUGUAUCUUAAUUUUCAAGCUGUUCCUACCCUGAUUCAUACCUUUUUUUGAAAUCUUGUUUAAUCUCCUAUGGAAUGGAAAAUUGACAUGAUGAUAACAGGUCAUUUACUGUUUGGAAAAAAAGCUACAUUAUUCUUAUUUUACCUGACUUUUCAGUUGCCUAAAAUUCCUUUGUACUUGUGGUUGUAAAAAUGGAAGAGAAUGGAAGUAUUUGGCCACCAGCUAUUAAAAGCUCACCAGAUAAAGCUGUUAAGAAAAACAAAAUGAAAUCAUAUAUUCUUCCUUUCCAAUACAGUAAGUUGCUUUUUUUACUAUUAAUGCUAAUAAAGAUUUUGUGAAGACCUGUACUGUGGUUUAGGGCAUAGGGCAUAGGGCAUACUGAAAGGAAUAUGUUUUUUCUGUUUAUGUUAGAAAGCUAUCU